AUGCCAGCUGCGAAGCGUAGAAAGACCGGCGGUGCGGAGAUGAAGGCGAAGAACAAGACCACUGAGCGAAAGCCGCUCCCAGUGACCGUUCUUUCCGGAUUUCUGGGCAGUGGAAAGACGACCUUGCUUCGGCACAUCCUACAGUCGCCGGACCAUGGGUUGCGCAUCGCCGUCAUUGUCAACGAUAUGGCAUCAGUCAACGUCGACGCAAAUCUCGUUAGUCGUGGCAACAGCAAGAACAGUAAUGGAGAGAUACGUCUAAAAGAGAAGGUCGUGCAAAUGGAGAAUGCACGCCUGGCUUGGUCCGAGAACGCAUUCGACCAUGUAAUCAUCGAGAGCUCCGGUAUCAGUGAGCCACAACAAGUGGCGGAGACCUUCACCACCGAGCUUACUGAGGCAAUGAUUGACGCCGAGGGACUGGAACCUGAGGAGAAGGAAGUCUUUGCUAAAGUCGCGAAGAUCGGUGGGCUGAAGAGCAUUGCGACGGUCGAUACGAUGGUCACAGUGGUGGAUGCGUUCCGCUUCUUUUCCGAGUUCGACACGGCCGAGUUUCUGCAAGACCGCUUUGGGCGCGAUGAAGUCCCAGAUGAGGACCAGCGAACCAUAUCCGAUCUCUUCGCGGACCAAAUCGAGUUUGCCAAUGUUAUCAUCAUCAACAAGAUCGAUAGAGCAGACAAGGCAACCCUGGGGCGCGUCCGAGCAUACAUCAAGUCACUAAACCCGAAGGCGAAGAUCAUUGAAGCCAGGUACUCCAAGGUGGACGUUCGCGAGAUGCUCAAUACGGGCGUCUUCAACUUCGGCGAGGCUGUCGCAAGCGUUGGAUGGCUCCAGUCGUUGCAUGAAAUGACAGUCAUGGACGUCUCGGGAAGAAAGCGUGUCGCACCCAAGCCGGAGACGCUCGAGUAA